AUGGCAAGGGAUAUGUUGAAAGACAAUGCAUAUCGGGACUUGAGGUUGAAACUUAUUUCUCAUAGACCCGAGGACAGUCGUGUCUAUAGCAUGCCUACUGUUUCUAAAGUUUAUGCUCUCAUCGUUGGUGAUAUUAAUUAUGUUAAUGAAAGAGACAUCAUUAUCCAAGAACAUGAUGGUCAAUUACAAAGAAUAUAUGAGUUUCAUGCAAGUUACCUUGAGUUUCAAUACCCUUUGAUAUUUGUAUAUGGCAAAGAUGGUUACGGGCCAAAUAUACUACACAAGUAUCAACAUGAUAUUUGGUUAUCAAGAAAAAUCAUCAAACCAUUAUAG